AUUUUAUUUCUCUAAACCAGUGUGACCGCCGAAAAGUACAUUAUUGUCUCGCGCUUUUUACAAUAAAUAUAUAAGAUUGUAUUAAAAUGGUUAUAAUUAUGCGUGUUACUCCGCCAGAACAUGGCUUGCUGUAUACGGCCAACAAUAUCAAGCUUAAACUGGGUGAAAAAGUGGUGGGCGAGGGGACAAUUUAUAUUUCCCAAAAUACAUUAUCCUGGCAGCCAACCGACCUGCCAGAGGGCAUAUCCAUCGAAUGGAAGCAGGUAAGCCUGCACGGUAUCUCCUCGAAUCCGAGAAAGUGUAUCUACUUCAUGCUGGACCACAAAGUGGAGUGGAAUGGGGUGUAUGGAGAUUCUCAGCAGCCAGCGGUUAAUGGCCAAAAUGGCGGUGGAUCAGAGGCGGAGGUAGACGAGGGAAAUGGAAGCGAUGAGCACGAGGCGGACGACAAUUUUGAGGAUGCUGUAGAUGAGCAGUUCGAGGAGGUCACAGAGUGCUGGUUGUUACCUGACGACAUUCACACCGUAGACACUAUGUACAGCGCCAUGACCACUUGCCAGGCACUACAUCCGGAUUCAGCGGACAGUGAUUCCGAGGACAGCGAUCCUAUGCAGGACGCCGGUGGUUUGGAUGACGAGGCAAUGGAGGAGGAAGACGACCUGACGCUGGGACGCAAUGGUGUUCAGAGUCUCAGCCUUGAAGACGACGACGAGCGUUUUGAAGACGCUGAUGAAUAAAGCAUCACCUAUUUAUAUACCGAUAUCCCUUUUUUACCAGACUAGGUGUACGAAUUGUAAGGAUAUAUAUGUAUUGAAUUAGAUUUUGAAGUAAUAAAUAAAAACGCUAUAAGCGGAACUAAAGCUAA